AUGGCUGAAAAUACACGUCUUAAGGACGUUUCUAAUAGGGUUGAUUCCCUGCAACACGACCUCAAUCAUCGAAUUGAUUCACUACAUCAACGCUUUGAUGCUGCAGAAUUAUUACGUGAACGUCAAUUCUUGAAUCUUCAAGAAUUACAAACAAAUUUACAUGAAUCCAAUGCACUGUUACAUCAGGAUUUGUCACGCCUCAUUACACUUCAACAACAACAUUCCCCAUCAAACAACAAUAUUGCUGGUCCGAGUAUUCUGGGUGCUGGACCCAAUCACAACACCAGUCAUGCUGGAUCUGACCCUACCAGAGCUCGCACAGUCAAGCUUGAUUUCCCCAAAUUUUCGUCUGGUGAUCCUACUUCCUGGAUUACUGCAGCGGUCAGGUACUUUCGUUUUUACAGCAUUCCUCCUCAGGAACGUGUCCUCUUAGCUGCCAUUAAUUUGUUCGAUCCUGCUGCUUGUUGGUUUAAUGGUUCAUUUCAAGAUACUUGUUUACCGGAUUGGGAUGCUUUCUGUGUGGCCUUGCAAUUUCGUUUUGGCCCGUCUGAGUUUGAAGAUCCAGCAGGGGCAUUAGUUAAAAUCCAGCAGUCUGGUUCGGUUACUGAAUACCAAGCCACAUUUGAAAAAUUGGUGAGCAAGGUCCCUGCAGUCUCUACUCCCAUGCUACGGAGCAUUUUCAUUUCGGGUCUCAAACCGAGAAUCAAACGUUUAGUGCUCACCCACAGACCUCAAGACUUUCAUGAAGCCUAUGCUUUGGCUAGAGUGUAUGAAGACCAUGUCAAUGAUGAGAAACCUACACGACCAUGGUACCCACCCAACCGUGUGUCCAUCCCAAACACAGCCCCAUUACAACCUAUUACUCCCACUUCUCAACCCCAUUCAAACCCUGCAAAACUGUUACCAGCUAUCCCUAUUCGUCGGCUUUCUCAAGCUGAAAGACAAGAAAGGAGAGACAAGAACUUAUGUUACAAUUGUGAUGAAAAAUUUGUCAUGGGUCACAAAUGCAAAGGGAGAGCAACAUUACUUUACCUGGAAGGACUGGAUGAUGAUCCUGAUCCUCCGACUGCUAUGCCAAUCGAAGAGCCUCCAUCUGAAGCUGAAGUGCUUCCUGAGAUCAGUUUUAAUGCCUUAUUUGGCACUCACUCAUCUCGCUUACAUGGUUCUGUUGCAGGUCAUGGAGUACAGAUACUAAUAGAUGGGGGAAGUACCCACAAUUUUAUCACUCCAAGGAUGUCUCAAUUUCUUCACUUGUUGCUGCUGUCAACUACUCCUUUUAAGGUGCAAGUGGGUAAUGGUGACACCCUCAUCUGCUCUGUAGUGUGUCAGAAUAUUUCUCUAGUGAUCCAAUCUCAUCCCUUCAAUGUUGAUUUAUUUGUAUUGGAACUAAAAGGGGCGGACAUUGUUCUUGGCGUCCAAUGGUUGUCUACCUUGGGUCCUAUCCUCACUGACUAUAAAGCUCUCACCAUGUCUUUUGAUUUUCAAGGUUCCAAAGUAUCACUCCAAGGGGAACAUUUACUGCAGGCCCAACCUCUUUCCACAGCCCAGUUGCAUAAAUUGCUGUCCCAAGAUUCGGUGGAUUCUUACUUAAUGUGUCUCACUACUCAAGCUUCGGAUAUUACAGAUUCUGACCCCACUUCACAGUCCCCUGAAGUCCUACAGCUCUUGGAUUCUUUCCAGGAUGUCUUUACUCAGCCCACUUCUCUUCCACCGACCAGACACAUUGAUCACCGCAUUCUACUUCAACCAGAUUCAAAGUCAGUGCAAGUCCGACCUUACCGCUACCCCCACUUCCAAAAGAAUGAGAUUGAGAAAUUGGUUAAUGAGAUGCUGCACCUUGGUCAAAUUCGUCACAGCCAGUCUCCUUUCAGCUCUCUCGUAUUAUUGGUGAAGAAAAAAGAUGGUACUUGGAGAUUCUGUGUUGAUUACAGAGCCCUCAAUGCCAUCACCAUUCGAGAUAAAUUUCCUAUACCCACCAUUGACGAGUUACUGGAUGAAUUGCAUGGUGCCACCAUCUUCUCGAAGUUGGACCUCCGUUCUGGAUAUCACCAGAUUCGCAUGGCACCCGAGGACAUCCACAAAACUGCAUUUCGUACCCAUCAUGGCCACUACGAGUUCCUCGUCAUGCCAUUUGGUCUUUCGAAUGCUCCCUCUACUUUUCAAGCGACUAUGAAUGAGGUUUUUUCUACCUUUCUUCGUCGUUUUGUAGUGAUUUUCUUUGAUGACAUUUUAAUCUACAGCUCCACUUUUCAUGACCAUCUUGACCACUUACAUGCUGUUUUAUCAACUUUGAGAAGACACUCUUUAUAUGCCAAAUUGUCCAAAUGUCACUUUGAGCAACAGACAAUUCACUUUUUUGGGCCACUUGAUUUCUGCGAAUGA